AUGGUAAUUGUUCUGAGCAUGCCAUUUCACCCAUUGGUCUUCAUUGAUUACACAAUAAUAGCAAAUUGGCCGUCGGACAAGAAGAGUCGGUAUGCGUCUACGAGUGUUUUCUAUUCUCUUUUAGACGUAUUUCCUCUUAAGAGAGCUUUUUCUAGGGAAAAUAUAACAGUAGAUCUCGUUAUACAAGCUCCAUAUAAUGAACUGAAGGAUCUGUUAUCUGAAGGUCAAUUCCCUAAUGCCGUAAGGCAGAAGCUUGUGAAAUCUCUCCGUAAUUCAGUCGAUGACAUUCUUGAAGCCGAUCGUGUACUGCUACAUAUCCAUGCAUUCAACACGGAUCCAGUGUUCUACCGUAUUCCAGUGGGUGUAUCGGCAAAGAUACCGAUAUUCACUGUUGAUGACAAAACGAAAGAGAUGACCGUCUUUCUGGGUUUCUUUCUAUUACAAAUCGCACUUCUUUCCGUAGGAAUGGAUUCAAAGAAUUUUAGCACUCAACGCGAACAAGCGAAGACAUUCGUGGGAUUCUGGAGUUCGUUGUGCGAGUUAAGCGAAAAGUCAUGGCAGAAAUGGGUGCAUGUGCAUUCUGAAAGGAUUAUUUUAAAGAGUUCCAACGUACCGUUCAAUAUGGAAAACAGCGAUAUACCAGUGUAUUUUUACAUGAUCAAGGUUACGUUGGAGCCACCGUGCCUUAUACUUCGAACGGCAUUCCUGGGCGGGGUAGUUGAUGCUAAUCGUCGACGAUUAUUAGAUCUUCGUCUUAUGGAAGAUGGAAAAGAGACGGAAGCUUUGUCCGUUAUUCGACGACCACUUGAACGAAUCAUGAUUCGUUAUCGGUCGAUUCCCAAAGAUCUGCAGACUAUCGUCCGAGUUCGGGAAGAUGAUACAUUGGAGGAUCCGAAGCUGUUAAUACUACACAAUGCGAUUAGCAAGUAUCUUGAAUGUCGGCGACGUAUUUGGAAUCUACCUCAACUGAAUGCGAAAAAUGAUCGUACUUAUCGGCCAACGGCUGAGUAUAUACUUAGCGUACUGAUGCAAAGACGUCUUGAGGAGGGGUUCCGCGUUGCUUGGGCUCACGGCGGUAUCGUAGGAUUCUGUCGACAGGUGAGUGUUGUCACAAGGUGA